AUGCUGAGAGUCGUUCUUUCCCUCCUGGUAGCCCUCGUGGCAACCCUACGAUCUACCAAGGUCGAAAAAUCACUCUUCAGUUACGUCAGCGAAUUAUCCUUCUCUGGAUCAUUUGACAAUCUGUUCGAGACAUGUCUUAGGGUUCCGAAUAGCAUAUGCCUAGGGGGGACAUCCACAGUCGUCACGUCCAACAGUGUGCCCAAAGGGCUCAUCGGAAAGUGGACUUUUGACGACAUGUAUGCCGUGGACUACAGCUGGAACAAUAACCACAUGCACAAGUUGGUGCGCCCUGCCCCCGGUUUUAAUGGACGGGGAUACAGCGGGGCCUUCGUGGGAGAUAACUCCGGUUUGGUCCACGCCGGCGACACGUUGAAAACGACGCAGUUCACCAUAGUAUUCUGGAUAUACCUUCUGGAGAGACCAACGAAUAACUUCCGCAAUGUGAUUUCGCAGAUAGACAAGGGGGAAGAAACCAUCGCCGUGCUCCUCUACCCUCACGUGAACAAACUAUCUGUGAGAGUACUUACGGGCCAAAAUUCAAACGAAGGAAUGUCUUCCAUGGGGCAAAUACCACUCAGGAGGUGGACAAACGUAGCCGUCAGAAUGGACGACACGAAGGUGGAACUCUAUAUAAACGGGGUAUUGGAUAACUCCGUACUGAUCAAACAGGGAACUAAAGUUAACGCUGACGUGGACACUAAUGGUAGCGGUAACGGUAACGGUAACGCUGAAGAAAGAGGAGGGGACAUAACCAUUGGAAAGAACAUGCACUACUCUAGCUUCAAUGGGUACCUGGACGAAUUGUAUUUUUUUAACAGGAGCCUGAACAAGACGGAAAUAAUUUCUUUCGCUGUUUCGAGCGUGACGGGGAUACACGACACAGAGUUCGUAUAUGUUGGAAGCUACGGGUGCGACUAUGCCACGUCGAUGCGUGCUGACCUGUGUAGGGAGAACUACCAGCUGUGUUCUUCCUUCCAGUUGUACAGUGGGGGGAUUCAUUACGCUAGGGUUAAUGGAAUUUUGACUGCCACAUCGAACUUGUGGUCAUCGGACGUGUCUGAAAAUGCCGUUGAGUCGGGGGAGAAGAGAAUUGCGCUUUGCUGCAGGGGGGGCGCGAUCGACUCUCCAGCAGGCUGA